AUGAGUGACUAUGAAUCACUAGGACAUAUGUUUCUCGCUCCUAGUCCUGGUGACUACUUCAUACCUCACCAUCCUGUUUUUAAAGGUGAUGUUGCAACCAGUAAAAUUCGAGUGGUAAUUGACGCUUCGGCCACUACUUCAUCCAACCGUUCCUUGAAUCAGUGUCUUUUUACUGGUCCAAAACUUCAGCAGGAUAUUGUUGAUAUCAUGCUCCGAUUUCGUGUACAUCAAUUCACCUUCACAGCAGAUGUGUGUAAAAUGUAUAGACAAAUACAGGUACUUCCACAAUAUCGGAAGUACCAACACAUCUUCUGGCGUGCGUCACCGUUGGACGAACUUAAGGAGUACCAACUGAACACGGUUACUUACGGAGUGAACUGUGCUCCUUACCUAGCGUUGCGAGUUCUGAAGGACCUUGCCGACAAUUGUUGUGCAGAGUUUCCAGGUGUCAAACAGGCACUAACUCACCAAACUUACGUUGACGAUAUUUGCGUUGGCGCCGAUAGCACAAGCCAACUGUUGACAUUGAAAUCUGUUCCGAGUACCGCUGGUUUUGAACUGAAAAAAUGGUCCAGUAAUGAUCCACAGAUUCUGGCUACUAUUCCACAAGAGGAUCGUGUCCAAAGGAUCUUACAGUUCGAUGACCCUGAGGCGGGAUUGGUCAAGGUUCUCGGUUUGAAUUGGGACUCUUCCGAAGAUACUUUUGGUUUUGAAGUAUCUUCUUCGUGUGAUGUCAAGACCAAACGCGCAUUGCCAGAAUAUUCGAUCCAAUUGGCCUUAUUGCUCCAGUAA